AUGCGUCACGGCCAGUUCUCAGCCCUAGUUUUGUGCGCGCUCUCCCGGGCCGCGUUUCUGGAUUCGGCGUCCUCUCUCGAGAACAAAGCGACCGCUGGAUUAGUUCUCUUCCCGACCCUCGCGGUCCUCGAAGAGGCCCACGACGUCCAGGAGCAGGCCCUCGAGGUCCGCGACGUCGCCGACGACUUCCAGGAGCGGGCCGACUUCGUCGCGGGCAACAAAUCCGGCCGCCUCGAGCGCGGUCCCUACGCAGUCACGUUCGAUCCGCCGCGCCGAAUCAGCGUCCACGAAAAGAGCGAGGUCGUCGUCCAAGUGUCCUUCGCCAUGGCGGGCGAUCGGGUGGUCGCGGUGAGCAGCGCCGACCCCAGUGUAGCCACGGUGGACCUCUCGAAGGUGACCCUGCACUCGGAGGCACACAGCAGUGCCUUCAACGUCACGGUUCGCGGGGUCUUCAUCGGCUACACCAAGCUACACUUCAGGGUAUGCGAGCUGCGAGGCGACGCCGAGACCAACUGCGUCGAACUGAGCUACGUGGUCGCCGUGCUACGCGCGAGAACGGUGCUGCAGAAGACCUUCCCCGUGGUGGUCGCCCUAAUGCUGUUUCUCAACUUCAUCAGCAUGGGCUGCCAGGUAGACAUGGGAGCCAUACUGGAGUGCCUGAAACAGCCGUUGGCGCCGACCAUAGGCUGCCUCUGCCAGUUCAUCUUCAUGCCCCUGGCGUCCUACUCCAUCGGACUGCUGAUCCUGGAAGAUUCCCUCCAGCGCUUCGGCAUCUUCUUGCUGGGCUGCUCGCCAGGGGGCAGUGCAAGCAACCUCUGGACGCUUGUGUUCAACGGCGACCUCAACCUUAGCAUCACCAUGACGUUUAUCAGCACCAUUGCAAGCGUUUUCAUGAUGCCCCUGUGGGUGUUCCUCCUGGGAAACGGCAUCUCCCAAGACGAGACCAAGGUGUUGACCAUCCCCUACACCAGUCUCAUCGCCAGCCUGGCGAUGCUCUCAGUGCCACUGGCCAUCGGCCUACUUAUCCAGCACUUCAGACCCAAGUUGGCUUUGACGUUGGAGGAGUACUCAAAGCCCGUCACCAUCUUUGUGCUCGUCACUCUGCUGAUCCUGACAGCCACUGUCCAGAGGUACAUCUUCCAGCUGAUAACGUGGCAAGCCGUGCUGUGCGGCGCGCUGAUAUCGUGGAGCGCGUACGGCGCCGGCAUGCUGUGCGCCCUGGCGGCGCGCCUCAACCGGGCGCAGAUCAUCGCGCUGGCCAUCGAGGUCGCCUUCCAGAACAGCGGCAUCGUCGUCGUCAUCAUGUACAUGUCACUUCCGCGACCGGACUCGGACCUGGUCAUUGUGCCCGUCGUGUACCAGACGAUGCUGCAGGGAGUCCCGCUCUACGCGAUUCUCGCGGCGCAAAGGAUCCGGGCGGCUUGCUUCUCCUACGGCGGGCCUGUGUCCGUGAGCGAGAAGUCGCUCGCCGAAGCGGGCUCCUCCAAACCGGAAGCGGGCUCCUCCAAACCGGAUGCGGGGGCGCUCGCCGCUUCCGGUUCGGAAGCCGGGGACACGGCGGCCGCCUCGUGCACGCCUCACAAGGAUGUCGCGUAACACAUGCGUUACACGUGCACGUCUCCGUCAUGUUGAACAUUUUGUGCUUAAGUAUAAUAACGUCAGUUACUCGUCACAGUUGAUCGUCAUACAGUUUCUUUUGUUG